GAGUGAAAUGAUCAACGAACAGGUCCACAACUCUGUCUAAAUGUCAAAAAUAAAUGAAUUUCAGCUUUCACAGGUAUAAUACUAUUUAUAGUAUUUUAUUUAUUUAUUAUUUAUAGUAGUACUCCAGUAAUUGGAUGCAUAUCAGUGUAAUGCGUAGUAUAGAGGGGUGAGCUGUUGAGUAGUAUUCCUGGUAAAUAAUCAUUUUUAAUUUUAUGAGGAGGUAGCUGUUCAGAUUAGUAGUUUUACUGGUAUUUUACAUUUCUUAAAUGUUCAUACUAAAAAUACAACAAAAUUAUUGAUCAUUACAACAAUCAUGAUCACCACCCUUAUCAUCGUUUUACUUUGACAUUUACACCGGAUGUGGGCGCCCACUCACACGCGCACAUCCAGUAUUUUACUUUGAAGGCUCCACUUCCUGUCAGUCGACAGCAUCCGAUGCAGACGUCGGAACAAGUUGCCGAUACUCUGCUUCACCUUUUUUUGUUCCUGCGAAGAACAGAAUAAAACUAGCAUUUGUUCGUGUUUUGUGCUUUUGUUCUCCAGCAUGAAUUUACAAGAAACGAGCGCGAGGCAGGUUCUGAAAUAAACUCCGGAAACUGUUAACAGAGCUUUGGUCGUCUCGUUGUCGAACUCCUCUCAGCCUCAGCUGCAAUGGAAGCCACAGGAAAGUACGACUUUGUGGCCUCGUCCGCCGGAGAACUCAGCUUCAAGAAAGGCGACACGCUGAAGAUCCUGAGCCGGGAGGAGAACUGGAUGAAGGCUGAGAUGAAUGGGAAUGAGGGAUUCGUACCUCAGAACUAUAUUGAGAUGCAGAAGCCGAGCUGGUUCCGGGAGAAUGCCAGUCGCGGUGCAGCGGAGAAUCUGUUGGCAACCAAGAAGGUGGGAGAGUUUGUCAUCCGUGGUUGUCAGAGCUCUCCUGGGGACUUCUCCAUCUCUGUCAAGCACGAGCUGGACGUCCAGCACUUCAAGGUGAUGAGGGACCGUCAAGGUCAGUACUACCUGUGGUCCGAUAAGUUCAGCUCUCUGAACAAACUGGUCCAAUUCUACAAGACCAACUCCGUAUCCAGAACCAGAGAGAUCUACCUGAAUGAUGGGAGUCCGGACUGUCGGGCCACGCCGCCCUUCCAGCAGACCAAGAGGGUGGACGUGGACAAGCGUCCUUCCACCAUCGGACCUGUCGGGAGGAGCAGCCCCGUCAGCGUGCCCUUAAACCCACCAUACAAGUCUGAAACAAUGCCACUGCCUCAGAGGUCAGCCAACGUUCGUGUGAUGGCUCUUUACGACUUCGUCGUGGAGGAAGACGACGAGCUGGGCUUUUGUGCCGGUGACAUCAUCGAGGUGUUCGACCGCUCUGACGCCUCCUGGUGGAAGGGCCGGCUCCGCGGCAAGAGCGGCUACUUCCCGGCCAACUACACCAAGCCGCUGUGAGCGCCACGACCACACGCGACCGCACUGAGAUGAUCCGUCACAUGGCUCAGCUGGACUCGAGUCUCUUCCUGAUGUUGCUCCUAGUUCCCGUGAGAGGGCGCUGUUGCCUUCAAGCCGAGAGCUGCCGCGUCUGAAACCAGUUCUGUCGCAGUCAAGUGGCGUUUGGAUUUAAAGUCAGAGUGACACAAAUGUUGACAUUUAAUCUGUGGAGAAAGUCAUUUAGAAUGUGAAAAUACAGUUUGAUUUGAACAGAAGUGUCAGGCACCGACUGACUCUUCGUUGCGAGUGACUGGAGGCAGACAUGCAGCGUUUAUUCCUGAGAAACUUGUGUUGUUGUACAGACGAGCUCAGCAUUUAUACGUCUAGUCGCUUCUCUUUUUUAAACCUUAUUUUAUAACUGUGUGACUGCUGCAGGUUUUCCAACCUCUUUUA